UGCAGCAGGUGGUGGUAAUACUAGUAGUCUAGUAGUACUAUUCCCAUUCCCCUCUCCCUCCCAGGCUCCGGCUCCGAUCCGGCGGCGAGGUAGGUCGCGUCUCGUCUGCUCCGCCGCCGAAUCUCCCUCAUGGCUUCUCGGGGCCUCUUCGGCUGGUCCCCGCCGCACGUCCAACCGCUCACGCCCGUCUCCGAAGCCUCCGAGCCGCCGGAAUCGCCCUCCCCCUACGCCGCCGACCUCGCCGGGGACGGGGCGCCGCCUCCGGAGGAUGAUGCCGCCGCGGGCCUCGACGAUGGGGAGGAGGAGCCCGACCCUCCCCCCGCCGCCGUCCCCUUCAAGCGCCUCUUCGCCUGCGCCGACCGCCUCGACUGGGCGCUCAUGGCCGCGGGCGGCGUGGCGGCCGCGGCCCACGGGGUGGCGCUCGUCGUCUACCUUCACCUCUUCGGCAGGGCCAUCAACUCGCUACAUGGCCGUGACAACCACGAGCUUUUCGACCACAUCAAGCAGCAUGCUUUACACUUCCUCUAUAUUGCCAUUGGUGUUUUCUUUGCGGGAUGGAUAGAGGUUUCGUGCUGGAUUCUUACUGGGGAAAGGCAGACAGCAGUGAUAAGAUCAAAGUAUGUACAAGUGUUGUUAAACCAAGACAUGAGUUUCUUUGAUACCUAUGGGAACAAUGGUGAUAUUGUCAGUCAAGUGCUGAGUGAUGUCUUACUCAUCCAGUCUGCCCUGAGUGAGAAAGUUGGGAACUACAUUCACAACAUGGCUACGUUUUUUGGUGGUCUCAUCAUCGGUUUGGUCAACUGUUGGCAAAUAGCUCUUUUGACAUUGGCCACUGGUCCAUUCAUUGUUGCUGCAGGAGGAAUAUCAAACAUUUUCCUCCAUAGGCUUGCAGAAAACAUUCAGGAUGCAUAUGGUGAAGCAGCAAGCAUUGCUGAACAGGCAAUCUUAUACAUCAGGACUUUGUACUCAUUCACAAAUGAGACCCUUGCAAAAUAUUCUUAUGCUACUUCACUUCAAGCAACACUGCGCUAUGGAAUACUGAUAAGUCUGGUGCAAGGUCUUGGUCUUGGAUUUACAUAUGGCCUUGCCAUAUGUUCUUGUGCCUUACAACUUUGGGUUGGGAGGUUCCUUAUAUCUCAUGGAAAAGCAAAUGGUGGUGAAGUUGUAGUAGCCCUGUUUUCUAUAAUCCUCUCAGGCCUGGGACUUAAUCAAGCAGCAACAAACUUCUAUUCUUUUGAACAAGGACGUAUAGCUGCAUACAGGCUCUAUGAAAUGAUUAGCCGUUCAACCUCUGUUGUAAAUCAGGAUGGCCGUACCUUACCUUCAGUGCAAGGCAACAUUGAGUUCCGUAAUGUCUACUUCAGUUAUCUCUCCCGCCCAGAAAUCCCCAUUUUAAGUGGGUUCUAUCUUACUGUACCUGCUAGAAAGACCGUUGCUCUUGUUGGCAGAAAUGGUUCAGGGAAAAGCAGCAUAAUUCCUCUCAUGGAACGUUUCUAUGAUCCAACCUUAGGCGAAGUGCUCUUGGAUGGAGAAAAUAUAAAGAACCUGAAGCUAGAGUGGUUAAGAAGCCAGAUAGGACUUGUCACCCAGGAACCGGCUUUACUGAGCUUGAGCAUCAGGGAAAACAUUGCAUAUGGAAGAUCUGCCACAACUGACCAGAUUGAGGAGGCAGCAAAGACAGCUCAUGCACAUACUUUCAUUAGUUCACUUGAAAAAGGAUAUGAUACCCAGGUUGGUCGGGCUGGCCUUUCACUGACAGAGGAACAAAAGAUAAAGCUUUCCAUUGCCCGUGCUGUGCUUUCAAACCCAUCAAUUCUUUUACUGGAUGAGGUUACUGGUGCUCUUGAUUUUGAGGCUGAGAAAGCUGUUCAGGAAGCACUAGAUAUUCUGAUGCUUGGGAGGUCUACAAUCAUCAUAGCUAGACGCCUCAGCCUUAUCAGGAAUGCUGAUUAUAUAGCUGUGAUGGAGGAAGGUCAGCUUGUUGAGAUGGGAACACAUGAAGAGUUGUUAAAUCUGGAUGGCCUAUAUGCAGAACUACUUAGGUGUGAAGAAGCCGCAAAACUUCCAAAGCGGACUCCUAUAAGAAACUACAAAGAGCCUAGCUCCUUUCAAAUUGAAAGGGAUUCAUCAGCAAGUCACAGCUUCCAAGAGUCAUCUUCUCCUAAUAUGUCAAAGUCACCGUCACUUCAGAAGACACAUGGUUUUCUUGCACUCCGCAAUUCAGAUGCAAAUCAUAACUCACAUGAAUCACCAAAUAUUCAAAGCCCCCCUUCUGAGCAAAUGGCAGAAACCAGGUUACCUACAGUUGCUUCUGAGAGAACUCCAUCGAUCAAAAGGCAGGACAGUUUUGAAAUGAAAUUGCCUGAUCUUCCCAAAAUUGAUGUCCCACUAAACCGACAAUCUUCAAAUACUUCAGAUCCAGAAUCACCAAUAUCACCACUAUUGACUUCUGAUCCAAAGAAUGAGCGCUCGCACUCAAAAACUUUCAGUCGCCCUCUUGAUUUGUUUGACAAUUUUCAUGCUGAGGAGUCAAAGAAGCAGCAAAUGAAAGCUCCAUCAUUUUGGAGGCUUGUAGAACUUAGUCUUGCUGAGUAUUUUUAUGCUCUAUUAGGGAGUGCUGGUGCUGCUUGCUUUGGUUCAUUUAAUCCUCUUCUUGCUUAUACAAUAUCGUUAAUAGUGGUGGAUUACUAUAGAAUUGGUGUACGUGAUGUGCAUGAUGAAGUCAACAAGUACUGCUCAUUCAUUGUUGGCAUGGGUAUAAUAACCGUGCUAGCUAACUUCUUACAACACUUCUAUUUUGGUAUAAUGGGAGAAAAGAUGACCGAACGUGUUAGAAGGAUGAUGUUUUCAGCAAUUUUGCGCAAUGAAGUAGGGUGGUUUGAUGAAGAAGAAAACAGUGCAGACAUAUUAUCAAUGCGACUUGCAAAUGAUGCUACUUUUGUUCGUGCUGCUUUUAGCAACAGGCUUUCUAUAUUCAUUCAGGAUACAGCAGCCAUUUUUGUGGCACUUCUUCUUGGCAUGUUGCUAGAAUGGCGUGUUGCUCUUGUUGCCCUGGCAACUUUACCCAUCCUUGUAAUUUCUGCAGUUGCGCAGAAAAUGUGGCUUUCUGGCUUUUCAAGAGGAAUUCAGGAGAUGCACAGGAAGGCUUCUUUGGUGCUUGAGGAUGCAGUCAGGAAUAUCUAUACUGUUGUGGCAUUUUGUGCUGGUAACAAAAUAAUGGAACUUUACAGACUGCAGCUUGGAAAUAUUCUUUGGAAAAGCCUUGUUCAUGGAAUGGGCAUUGGUCUUGCCUUCGGCUUAUCUCAGUUCCUACUUUUUGCCUGCAAUGCACUUCUGUUGUGGUAUACGGCUUUCGCUGUUAAGAAUGAGCACCUUAGUCUGGUAACAGCACUUAAAGAGUACAUCGUCUUUUCUUUUGCGACUUUUGCACUGGUGGAGCCAUUUGGCCUUGCGCCAUAUAUUCUCAAGCGUCGAAAAUCCCUGACCUCAGUAUUUGAAAUUAUUGACCGUGUACCAAAGAUUGAUCCAGAUGAUGCCAGUGGGCUAAAACCCCCAAAUGUCUAUGGUAGCAUUGAAUUCAGGAAUGUUGAUUUUUGCUAUCCUACACGCCCUGAGUUGAUGGUUUUGAGUAAUUUUAGCCUUAGAGUCAAUGGAGGACAAACUGUCGCUGUGGUAGGUGUAUCUGGAUCAGGGAAGAGCACAAUAGUUUCUUUGAUAGAGAGAUUCUAUGAACCAGCUGCCGGGCAAGUUUUGUUUGAUGGGCGUGAUUUGAAGCUGUUCAACUUGAGAUGGUUGCGGAGUCACAUGGGUUUAGUUCCUCAGGACCCAGUUAUAUUCUCCACAACCAUAAGAGAGAACAUAAUUUAUGCAAGGCACAAUGCAACAGAGUCUGAGAUGAAAGAGGCUGCUAGGAUCGCGAACGCUCACCAUUUCAUUAGCAGUUUGCCACAUGGCUAUGACACACAUGUGGGAAUGAGGGGAGUGGAUUUAACUCCUGGACAGAAGCAGCGAAUUGCCAUUGCCCGUGUAGUGCUGAAGAAUGCACCCAUUUUGCUGCUUGAUGAAGCCAGCUCUGCUAUUGAAUCCGAGUCCAGCAGAGUGGUGCAGGAAGCCCUUGACACAUUGAUCAUGGGGAAUAAGACGACAAUUCUCAUUGCACAUAGGGCAGCGAUGAUGAAGCAUGUGGAUAACAUUGUUGUUUUGAAUGGUGGAAAGAUUGUUGAGCAGGGGACACAUGAUUCACUGGUACAGAUGAAUGGAUUGUAUGUCAAGUUGAUGCAACCUCAUUUCACCAAAGGACUCCGUCAACGUAGACUAAUAUAAGAACCCCUGGUAGCUCUUGUACAUUGCUCACUCUGCUUCACUAACUAGUGACUGAAAACUUGGAGGUCGGCUUCCAGACAGUAUGAGAUGCUAGAGGUAUUGGUGAUCUGACAGAAUUGGCGUUGGCACAGAUUCUGGACACAAGAUAUAUACAUUUUUUCUGUACUGAAUCGAUGAGAUGUUGAUUGGUCCGGAAUAACAUAGCAUGGCUGCUUGAACGUGGUGGAUAUCGUACGGGGAACCUGAGAUGGGCUUACUCAUUGAAUCCACUCCAACAUUGACUUGAUAGUUUGUGCCGAAGCCAUUCUGUUCAUGCAUUUUUGUAAUUGAUCAUUAGAUCGGACUUUAUUCAUUGUCCUAGUUUGAUGUAGUUGGUAUUUUUGGCACAUAAUUUAGAUGAUAUUCUUGCUGGGGGUGUGAGGUGUGUAGUUUGGUAUUGGAAUGUAAUUAUUAGAGAAGUAGGUCGCGUAAGUCAUACGGUGAGUAUUUUAUUUGCGGAUAGCUGUGGUGGGGUUGAGAGUUGUGAUUCUUCAGGUCUCAUCUAAUUUGUGUUUGAUAGUAGCAUCUUAAGUGCGCAUUGCUGAUCUGGUCAUACUUUGGCGUGUGCUGAAUAGAUUGAGUUAUGGGCGGAUGAGGCUAUAAUAUGUGUUUUUUUUUUAUUUCGCAAG